AUGUUCAUAGAUACAUAUCUAUCUAUUCUAAGCCUGUUCAUAUCUAUCUAUCUAUCUAUCUAUCUAUCUAGAUACAUAUCUAUCUAUUCUAAGCCUGUUCAUAUCUAUCUGUUUAUCUAUCUAUCUAUCUAUCUAGAUACAUAUCUAUCUAUUCUAAUCUAUCUUCAUCUAUCUAUCUAUUUAGAUACAUAUCUAUCUAUUCUAAGCCUGUUCAUAUCUAUCUAUCUAUCUAUCUAUCUAUCUAUCUAUCUAUCUAUCUAUCUAUCUAGAUACAUAUCUAUCUAUUCUAAGCCUCCUGUUCAUAUCUAUCUUUCUAUCUAUCUAUCUAUCUAUCUAGAUACAUAUCUAUCUAUUCUAAGCCUGUUCAUAUCUAUCUAUCUAUCUAUCUAUCUAUCUAUCUAUCUAUCUAUCUAUCUAUCUAUCUAUCUAUCUAGAUACAUAUCUAUCUAUUCUAAGCCUGUUCAUAUCUAUCUAUCUAUCUAUCUAUCUAUCUAUCUAUCUAUCUAUCUAUCUGUAUGUUGGCGGGUGGGGGCGUUUAUCUCCGGCGUGAUGGGUAGCGAAUAUUGUAGCAGAUGUCAUUGUCUUGAUGCUUGCUUUUUCCCUCUUCGGAACCGAGGAAGGGAAGGAGGCCUACUUCUCUCAUGGUUCUUAAAUAAAGCCACUGAAACGUUUUUUCUGUUUUCAUCUCUCUUUUCUCUUUCUGCUUUCAUCUUUCGUUCUUUACUUCUUUCUUUCUUUCUUUCUGCUUUCAUUAUUUUGCUUUCAUUCCUUCUUUCUUUCUUUCUGCUUGCAUCUUCCUUUCCUCUCUUUUCAUCUAUAUUUCUUUCCUCCUUUCUUUCUGCUUUCAUCUUUCAUUCCUUCUUGCCUUCAUUCUUUUUUUCCUUCUUUCUUUCUUUCAUCUUUUUUCUUUCUUCUUUUAACUUUCUUUCUGCUUUAAUUUUUCUUUAUUACUUUCUUUUCUUCUUUCUGCUUUCGUCUUUCUUUCCUUCUUUCUUUCUUUCUGCGUUCAUUUUUCUUUCUUCCCUUCUUUCUUUCUUGAUUUUUUUCAUUCCUUCUUUCUUUCCUUACUUCUUUCUUUCUUUCUUUCUUUCUUUCUUUCUUUCUUUCGUUCCUUCUUUCCUUCUUUCUUUCCUUACUUCUUUCUUUCUUUCUUUCGUUCCUUCUUUCUUUCUUUCUUCCUUUCUUUCUGCUUUCAUAUUUCUUUCCUUCUGUUUUCAUAUUUUCCUCCACCCUAAGUUAUACGCUGCCUGUGGCAUGUAUGCUAUUCUCUAUGGUUGGUUGUCAUUUUUAUGCCUUUUCUUUCUUUCUUUCUUUCUUUCUUUCUUUCUUUCUGGAUUGUCUUUCUUUCUUUGUUAUCUUUCUUUCUCUCUCUGUUAUCUUUCUUUUCUUCCUUUCCUCUUUCCUUUCUUUCGUUCAUUCUUUCAUUCAUUCGUUCGUUCCGUUUUUCCUUUCUUUUCUUUUUUCUUUUUUUUUUUUUUCUCUCUCUCUCUCUCUCUCUCUCUCUCUCUCUCUCUCUCUCUCAGGGUUAUCUCUUUUCUCUCUCAGUUGUCUUUCUUUUCUUUUUUAUUUAUGCUGUACUCCACUGAAGAUUUUAGUCGCUUUUCCCUUUCAGUUUUCAUUGUAAUACGUCUAUAUUUAUUUAUGUCGGGCCUCGUUGUAUAUUUAUUUAUUAGAUUGUUCUUCCUCGGCGUUCAUUCUUUCCUUCUGUUUUCAUCUCUCUUUUUUUCUUUCUGCUUUCAUCUUUCGUUCUUUACUUCUUUCUUUCUUUCUGCUUUCAUUACUUCUUUCUUUCUUUCUGCUUGCAUCUUCCUUUCCUCUCUUUUCAUCUAUAUUUCUUUCCUCCUUUCUUUCUGCUUUCAUCUUUCAUUCCUUCUUGCCUUCAUUCUUUCUUUCCUUCUUUCUUUCCUUCUUUCUUUCCUUCUUUCUUUCUUUCAUCUUUUUUCUUUUAACUUUCUUUCUGCUUUCAUUUUUCUUUAUUACUUUCUUUUCUUCUUUCUGCUUUCUUUUUUCUGUCUUUCCUUCUUUCUUUCUUUCUGCGUUAAUUUUUCUUUCUUUUUUCUUUCUUCCAUUCUUUCUGCUUUCAUUUUUCUUCUCUUCUUUCUUUCUUUCUUUCUUUCUUUCUCUCCUUCUUUCUUCCCUUACUUCUUUCCUUCUUUCUUUCGUUCCUUCUUUCCUUCUUUCUUUCCUUACUUCUUUCUUUCUUUCUUUCUUUCUUUCUUUCUUUCUUUCUUUCGUUCCUUCUUCCCUUCUGCUUUAAUCAUUCUUUCCUUCUUUCUUUCUUCCUUUCUUUCUGCUUUCAUCGUUCUUUAUUUCCUUCCUUCAUCUUUCUUUCCUUCUUUCUUUCUUUCUUUCUUUCUUUCCUUCUGCUUUCAUAUUUCUUUCCUUCUGCUUUCAUAUUUCUUUCCUACUUUUUUUCUUUCCUUCUCUCUUUCUUUCUUUCUUUCUUUCGUUCCUUCUUUCCUUCUACUUUCAUCUUUCUUUCUUCUUUCUUUCUUUCUUCUUUCAUCGUUCUUUAUUUAUUUCUGCUUUUAUCUUUCUUUCUUUCUUUCUUUUUGUGUUCAGCGUUCUUUCUUUCUUUCUUUCUGCGUUCAUAUUUCUUUCUUUCAUUCUUAUUUCUUUCUUUUUCCUUUCAUCUUUUUUUCUUUCAUUCUUUCUAUCUUUCUGUCGAUCAAGCGUUUGCCAUCCCCCUUUCUCAGAUUCAAUUGUAACUUGAAUUCUUUGACUCUCACUCAUUUUUGUCAUUCUUCUUGUACCUCAUUCGUGUUGUCUUUCUUUCUUUCUUUCUUUCUUUCUUUCUUUCUCAUAUCCACUUCCUCUUUUUUUCUAUUCUUUCUUUAA